AUGGAGGUUAGAGAAACGAGUGAAAUGGUACUGGACCGGAGGCCGCCGGGCGAGCUUAGCACGUAUCCGAACAAGGCGGCGUUGAACCUGAAUGAGGAGUAUCCCUUUCUGAGACCCUUGUACUCAGACUUUGAGGCCGAAUACAGGGCGAUCCCAUGGCUUCGCUGGACCGUCGCCCGGUACCAUGUCGCACCCAUCGCAGUCACGAUUUAUCUUCUCUUCUGCUACUUCGGCACGAGAUGGAUGAAGAACAGACCCGCGUAUGAUCUACGACGCCCACUGAAAUACUGGAACUUGUUUCUCGCCAUUUUCAGUUUCAUGGGCAUGAUCCGCGUCGUCCCGCACUUGUUCGAGAUUUUGCGCCGUUGGGGAUUCGAGGUGUCCAUCUGCUCCCCACCCGUCUACACCUACGGCCACGGGGGGUGCGGAUUGUGGAUCUUUUUGUUCAUCUAUUCUAAAUACUUUGAGCUGCUGGAUACUGUCUUCAUUGUCCUUCGGAAACGACCUCUUAACUUCCUGCACUGGUAUCACCACGCGACAGUGCUGUUGUACACCUGGGAUGGUUACUGCGUAGAGCAGCCUGCAGGUAUCUAUUUCGUUGCGAUGAAUUACAGUGUGCAUGCGAUCAUGUACUUUUACUAUUUCCUUGCUGCCCAGAUGCAGCGGCCACUCUCGUGGGGUAUAUUUGUAACGAUCGCCCAAAUUUCGCAGAUGUUUGUGGGCGUAGGUGUCACGUGUGUGUCGCUGUAUUACUCCUUCGCAUAUCCGCUAGUCAAUAAAUGGACGGGCUGGCAGUUCACUGACCCCAUGACGUACGGCCAAUAUAUCAAUACCCGCAACCUCGUCUACGGCCUCCUCAUGUAUUCCACCUACUUUUAUCUCUUCGCGGAGUACUUCUUCAAGAGAUAUAUCUCGAAGACCUCGCACAAGAAAAUCCAGGCGAAAAAAGCGGAGUAG